UCGUCACUUUCCGUGAUUGGUAAAAUAAAUUCCCGCGUAAAUUACUGUGUUCAUUGUACCUUCUGAUUUAGAAGUAACAAGUCAGUUUUUCUUCCAAAAGUCAUAGUCAAAAGUCAAAGUUUUGAGUCUUAAUAAAUAAGUCUUCAUAUAGUAACAGUUUACUGCCCAAUAUACAAGCAGAGAGUAUACAAUUUCCAUACAAUUUAGCCCACAAGUGACAAUGGCAGACUCCAAAAGUCCGACCAGAACUUCGAGGAGAGACAUUGAUCGAGUCGAUUACAAACAACUCCAUUCAACUGGGCAAGUACCUCUCAAGCUUAAAACAGAAGUUUCUGAAGGUAGUAUCGAACAGUCACAAAUUUCUGAUCAGGUCAAUGAAGUGCCUAUUGCUAUUCAUAACAUUGACAGUGACCUCAAUAGUUCUACGUCAUCAGUUGAUUCUUCAGAUGAUGAUAAAGCAAUUGAAUUAGAACUGAUCAAAUUGCGCAAAGUGGAAAAAAAUUGCAAAAGAAACAAGAUCAAAGCAAUGAGGCGGGAAAUUUCCGACAUCAGAAAUUCAAUCGAAAAUCUUGAAACAGAGACUGAUUCCAUAAACCGAAAGAAUAAUUGGCGACGCAAUGGCCAACCUCGCCAAUCAAUCCCUGAAAAAUCGUCCAAGACAACUCGCAUAAACGACCAGAAACAAUCGAACGAUGAUAUAAAGACGGGGUCCCUUAAGACAAAGGAAAAGAAAGCAACAGAUACGGUAUGUUUUCUUCCCUCAAACAACAUCACAGACAGAGCAACAGGAGCCAUUUCAAAAAACUCCAAAUCAUCUCACAUUGACAAUUUAAAUGCCACUGAUUUGAGAAGGAAACGCACCUUAAAAAAAGUCGUCAAAUCCAAAGUGCCCACAAUAUUUGAAUCGAGCAGUGAAUCCGAAUCCAGUACAACUUCAACAGAUCCAGAGAAAUCUUCAGACCAGUCAGACUCUGACUCUGAUCAUCAUCAUAAACAUUCUUCCAAGAAAAAUAAAAAUCGAGUGUCUGAAAUUGAAAGGCUUGACAAAGAGAUCAGGGACACUCAAAGAGCUGCCUUUGCCAAAGGGGUUUAGCAAGCUUUCUACUAAGUAUUGAACGCGUGAGAGAGGUAACAAUAUAGUUAAACGCUUUGUGUUCACAUUUAUGUGUUACCUUUUGUUUUGUUUCUUUAUUUUUAUUUUCAUUGCGGGCGCUUUUGGGCCAGUUUGCAGUGUGGUCAAUGAUAAUUGAAGAAUUAUUAUGUUAGUUAUAAAUACAACAAUUGCCCACACUGCAGAUGCCGCCCGUAGGUGCCAAAUCAUUGAAAUCUAUAAUUUAUGUUUGGUUAUUAAUUAUAUGUUAUUAUACAAGAUGUAUCUAAUCCCGAGUAUUUAUGUAUCCGUGGUGUCCGGUCUCGUCUAUUAAUGAUCUGUACUAGAAUGUCCUGUGAGUAGUUUUACUAACUUAGCAUUCCACACAUAAAUAUUAAUCUGUGUUGUCCUACGUUAUUUGAGACAUAUUUAUCCAGUGUAGAAAUGUCUCAUAUCUUGAUAGUAUUCUAAUUGGAUUUAGAGGAUCACCAAUCUCGUGAAAGUGUCGUCGGCAAUCU